AUGAAGUCCAUUCUCUUUUACAUUCCCUUGGCUCAGGCCGGUACUGUCGUCUGGAACGGCUUCUUCAACGAGUCCUUCACCGUCGACCACUUCGAUAAAUGGUCAUGGUCCAACCAAAUUGAGCCCUUCCAGUGGUACAUUCAUGGUUCCGAGGAGACCUCCCACUACCUGGAGCUGUCCUCCGACUUCAAGAACCCAGCCGACAAAGCAGAGGCUAAGGGAAUCCGCAUCACAAUUGACGACACUGCGUCAUGGAACGGCCAGACCAUGAUGCGAUCGGAGCUCAUCCCUCAGACCAAGGCCGACCUAGGCUCCGGCCAGCUCUUCUACCACUUUUCGCUGCAGACGAAGGAGAAGAACGCGCCCGUGGCUGGACUCGAACAUCAGAUUGCGUUCUUCGAGAGCCACUUCACCGAACUGAAAUACGGCGGCGACGAAGAGACCCUCCGUUGGAUGGCCGACGGCAAAUCCCACUGGUCGACCGAUCUCGAGCCCGGCACCUGGUACAACUUUGCCUACGAGAUCGACUUUGAUGCGCAAACCGUCGGACUCUGGGCGUCGAACGGAUCGGAGGCCUUGACGCAGGUCGUCAAGCCCGUGAGUGCGUCGGCUCAGACGAACUCGCAGGACUGGCAUGUCGGCGAACUGCGACUGGAUAACGGCGAGAAGGGCGGCGCUGAGGACUGGUUCUGGUCGGGCAUCUACAUUGAGAAGGGGGAGAUUACCAAGGCGAUUGCUGGACCUUGA